ACAGUGCAUUUUCCUUUCUUUGUUUAUUUUUACUACAAAGUAAAGAUGUUGUUGCUGAUAGACAGACGGAUUGUUCUGUCUUCGUCGAGCUGCUGUCUGCAAAGCAACAUGCUCCCUACUGAGUGUUUCGAUUCAGCUUUAUAUUUGUUAUACUGAUUAUGCAGCAAGUGUGUGACUUACUCCUUGUCCCCUGUUUAUUAUUUAUUGACGUCUGUGCAUUUUUAACUAUUACAACUACAACACAAUGAUGUGUCAAAAGUGAGGUUAGAAAUCGAAUGCGUUAAUGCAUUUUGCCAAUGUUAAUUGCAAAUACUGUGGUUAUGUCGCUGUUUAUUAUGGUUGUAACAGCUAACAAAUGCUUUCAGAAUGGCCCAAGCAGACAACAAAGUCCUGAUUUUGGGAGCCUUGGCUGGAGUCGCUGGCAUUGGCUUGGCCGUGGCAUGUUACCAGGGCUACAAGAUGAAACGAAGAGCCUCAUUGCCGGCGCACUACCUGUGCACUAAUAAUGAACUUGCAACUGGCAUGACGUUAAUGAAUAGUCCCGGUCUACACGGGAACCAGAUUGAGGUAUUGGACCGUCUCGAGGCCCUACUUCAAUGUGUGUCAGAGUUAAAAGAUGAGAUGAAGGCAUUGAAGAAUACCUUGCCAAUGCGGCAUGGUCAAGUUGGCGUAGACCUGAGGGCAGGUGAUAGGUCAGAUGCACAUCGAGCCGCUCCUCUCCACAGGACCACACCAACACGGAGGAAAAGGUCUGGAAGCAGCAUCGCUGGGGCCACAGCGGGGGGGCGAAGUUCUGAAGAAGCGGAAAGUGAGGGCGGGUAUAUAACUGCACUGACUGACUCGGAUGAAGAUGAACAAAGUGAUGAUGAACGCUUGGAUGAAAGGCGGGAGACAACAGACAAGUUAACUUGCUUGCUUGAGAGGGUUGACUCUUUGCAUCAGGGCACAGAGGCUGACAAAAGAGAAAGUCUACACAUCCUAACAAGUCAACGAGAGGAGUUUGGACAUAACUCAACCUUUCUUUGGCGUCUGAUCAGAGCAUAUUGCGACGUUCAUGACAUCAGCGACACGCUUGAAGAAAAGAAGAAUCAUGCAGAAACUGGAAAGAAGGUUGGUGAGGAAGCGGUUGCCCUGAACCCGAGAUGUGCUGAAAGUCACCAGUGGUAUGCCAUUAUGUGUGGAAUUAUGGCUGAAUAUGACACUGUGCAGAACAAGAUCAAGAAUGGCUACAUUUUCAAGGAUCAUCUGGAUAAAGCCAUUGAGCUGAAGCCUCAAGACCCCCUGUCCUACUACCUGCUGGGCCGCUGGUGCUAUGCUGUAGCCCAGUUGUCUUGGCUAGAGAGGAAAGUUGCUGCUGCAUUAUUUGGAGAACCUCCCAGUGCCACAGUUGAAGACGCACUGAAGAAUUUUCUGAAGGUUGAAGAUAUCCAUCCGAGAUAUUCCAAACUCAACUAUGUAUUUCUUGCGAAGUGCUACAGAGAUAUUGGUGUCAGGAAGAAGGCACGGGAGAUGUGUGAAGCUGCCGAAUCCAUGCAGUCUGUUUCAAAAGAGGAUGAAGACGCACAGAAAGAGCUUGACCUUCUCUGCCCGCAACUUGGAAUGUUAGACCCCAAAGACGAAUUGGACCUGUAGCGUGUGCAGUGAGUACACUGAAACUCUCUCAGCGAGAGGCUAGUUGUUGAGUUCCAUCAUCACUGGGAGCCAUUUGGCUGAGUGAGUCAAUGUUGACUAGAAGAUAAACACGAUAAUCUGCAGGAAGAAAGUCAGUUUUUUUUUGUAAU